AACUAAAUGGAACUGUUCAAAAACCAGCUAAUGAAACUUUACUCAUUGAUCCUGAUCAGGAUGCAACAAUUACAGAAAUACAUACCACACUGGAAAAUGGACAUAGUGCUACUAACGAAGAAGUAACAAAUCCCAUGUAUACCAGCAGUCCGAUUAACCAGUUGCAAAAUAACCAGGAUUAUCUGAGCGACCAAUGUGGCGAAAAUACUAAUGCCACGCAAGAAAAUUCAACACUAGAUCAAGAAGAAAAUGACAGUGCUAUCACUCCGUUAAUUGCAGAGGAUGAAACAGACACAAUUAUACAGAGUGAAUCACCCCAAUUAAACAAUACUCAACUCUCUUCUUUGGAAGAAAUAACCCAAAACAUUCUUCUUGUUGGUGCAUACGCCAGUGGUAAAAGCUCAACUGGUAAUUCUAUUCUGAUGAAAAAGUUUUUCCAGUUCUCUAAUGGCGUAUCGCCAUGCACUAUAAAAGUUGAAGUCGGUACAGCAAUAUUUGGCGGUGGAGUGAUUAAAGUGGUCGACACACCAGGGGAAAUUACAAAGGAAAAUGUUAGACAAUAUUUAGAUGUGUGUAAAGAGGGUUAUCACGCCUGUUUGAUAGUACACAGAUUUGGCUAUCGCUUACUUAAAACUGAGCAUAUUAUUGAAGGUAUUACGAGAUAUUUUAACGACCAGUUCAUUUCAAAGUUCGGAAUUAUCAUUGUUACCGGCGGGGAUACUUUUAUAAAAGAGGAAGCUGAUUUCACACAGUGGUGCCGAUCUCAGAAAGGAGUGUUUAAGAAUCUAUACGACAUGUGUGGUAAAAGAGCCAUUCUUUUCGACAACAAAACCAGAGACCAGGAUAAACAAAGACAGCAACAACUGAUGUUAAUGGGAGUGAUACAAGGUAUGAAUCCGCAGUCUAUAGCCUGUGUUGAUAUCCUAAACACUGAAUCAAACCCCAACAUGACAUGCUGAAUUAGAGAAAAACAUGACUAUUACCUAACGAUCACUAAAACGUCUGAGGUCAAAUAAAGCUUAGCCUACUUCUCACAAGCCUUCACUGCUUGUGUUUUAGACACUUUUAUGGGUCGGCGUGGUAAAGCUCAUGAUUAAAAUGAAUUGUCCAUAUUGUGAACCCGCAGGCAGAUUUAGCUCGAUAGCUUGGGACAGCAUCACAUCUUCAAACAACUUCAAAAUCAUACAAUUGUUGCCUUGUAGUUAAAUCUUGGUUAGAUAAAGGCUUUGGAAGCGAAUCCACUGACAACGGAAUCAACGGCCUAUUAUGCGCAAAAAAUAAAUAAGAAUACGUUUCACUUCCGGUUAUCGGAAAACGCUGAAAAGUUGACACAGAAGUACAAAUUUGAUAUAAUACUUGUGUAUGAAAUAUCAUCAAUCUGGCUGUAACUGUACUGAAGUUAUCGUGUUCACAGACAUACACACAAACAGACAUAAGGGCAGAAUUGCAAAGCCCAGUUUUUCCGACUCGAUUACGCAUAGAACACCAAAAUUUGGAUAAGUCUGCAUUUAUUAUUUUUGCCCGAUUAAAAUAAGUCCCCUAUUCUCCGUAUAUGAUGAACUACUGAGGUGUAAAACGAUGGAAAUUUGUCAAAAUUUCGUGUGAUUUUUGUGCACGAUUACAAUACUUCUUCGAUACUCUGUAUACGAGAAAGUAAAAAGGAAAUACAAAUAUAUUCCGGUCAAUCAAUUAAUGGUCCCUUAACCCUUACUGGAGUAGCUAGGUGCAUUAUAGUUAGUUGUUUUUCUCAAAAUAUUCUGCCAAAUGCAGAGGCGU